AUGUGUGGCAUUUGUUGUUCCGUAAGCUUUUCUGUUGAGCAUUUCAGCAAAGAUCUGAAAGAGGAUUUACUCUGCAAUCUUAAACGACGAGGACCCAAUAGUAGUAAACAAUUGUUAAAGACUGAUGUUAACUAUCAGUGUUUAUUUUCUGGUCAUGUUCUUCACUUGAGAGGUGUUUUGACUGCCCAGCCUAUGGAAGAUGAAAGAGGGAAUGUGUUCUUGUGGAAUGGAGAAGUCUUCAGUGGAGUAAUGGUUAAAGCUGGAGAGAAUGAUACUCAAAUAAUGUUUAAUUAUCUUUCCUCUUGUAAGAAUGAAUCUGAUAUUUUGUCAGUUUUCUCAGAAGUCCAAGGUCCUUGGUCUUUUAUAUAUUAUCAAGCAUCUAGUCAUUAUUUAUGGUUUGGUAGAGAUUUUUUUGGUCGCCGUAGCUUGCUUUGGCAUUUUAGUGAUUUGGGCAAGAGUUUCUCUCUCUCUUCAGUUGGUGCCCAAAUAUCUGGAGUGGCCAAUCAGUGGCAAGAAGUUCCAGCAUCUGGAAUUUUCAGAAUUGAUCUCAAGUCUGCUUCCACUUCCAGACUUGUGGUUUUAAAAUUCUAUCCUUGGAAAUAUAUUUCUGGGGAGAAUGUUAUCACAGAAGAAUGUGUUAAUACCCUGACUCAAAUUGCAGCAGAUUUGCCACCAUUUGUAUCAGUGGUAGCAAAUGAAGCCAAACUAUAUCUUAAAGAUCCUGUUGUUCCUUUAAAUAUGAUGUUGCCACCAAUUCCAUCUGAGAUUGAUUGCAGUACCAUUUCCAACACCCCACCUACAAGAGAGACAUUUCAGGUUUUUCUUACUAAUGGACACAUGAAGGAAGUAGUUCAGCAGUUCAUUGAUGUCCUGAGUAGUGCAGUGAAGAAACGUGUCUUGUGUUUACCGAGGGAUGAACCCCUGACACCAAAUGAAGUUUUGAGAACUCAUGAGAGAAAAGCAAAUGUUGCAAUCCUGUUUUCUGGAGGCAUUGAUUCCAUGGUUAUUGCAACGCUUGCUGACCGUCAUAUCCCUUUAGAUGAACCAAUUGAUCUUCUUAAUGUGGCUUUCAUGACUAAAGAAAAGAUCAUACCAGCUAGUUUUAACAAACAAAGGGGAAGACAGAAAAAUUGCAAAACACCUGCUGAGGAAUCCUCUGAAAAUACUGCUGUUGCUGCUGAUAGGUCUGAUAAGCAAUUUAAUGCACCAGAUCGCAUCACAGGAAGAGCAGGACUAAAAGAACUACAAGUCACUAACCCUUUCCGGAUUUGGAAUUUUGUUGAAAUUAAUGUUUCUCUGGAAGAAUUGCAAAAAUUUAGAAGAGCUCGAAUAUGUCAGUUAGUCCACCCCUUAGAUACAGUUUUGGAUGAUAGCAUUGGCUGUGCAGUCUGGUUUGCUUCUAGAGGAACUGGCUGUUUAGUGACCCCGGAUGAAGUGAAAUCAUAUCAGAGCAGUGCAAAGGUAGUUCUUACUGGAAUUGGUGCAGAUGAGCAAUUAGCAGGUUAUUCUCGUCAUCGUGUCCGCUUUCAGACACAUGGGCUGGAAGGAUUGAUUAAAGAAAUAAAGAUGGAAUUGGGUCGAAUUUCUUCUAGAAAUCUUGGUCGUGAUGACAGAGUUAUUGGUGAUCAUGGAAAAGAAGCAAGAUUUCCUUUUCUGGAUGAAAAUGUUGUCUCCUUCCUAAAUUCUCUACCAGUUUGGGAAAAGACAAACUUGACUUUGCCCCGUGGAAUUGGUGAAAAACUAAUUUUGCGCCUUGCAGCAGUGGAACUUGGUUUAACAGCCUCUACUCUUCUGCCAAAACGGGCCAUGCAGUUUGGAUCUAGAAUUGCAAAAAUGGAAAACAAUAAUGAAAAGGCAUCUGAUAAAUGUGGAAGACUCCAAGACAUUUCCUUAGAAAACUUUUCUGUUGAAAAAGAGAUUAAAACAUGAUUUGGCAGUGUACCAACAUCUGUUAAUGAUGAUUAUAUAAAAAUAAAACACUUGCUACUUACUGCUAUAUAAUGUGGUUUCAAAGUUCA